AUGGCAAUGCACCAGUCACCGGCGGCAGAGUCGGUCACCCUAGCUAUAGGCUCGGUGUUCAUCUUCAACCAAGUCCCCGGACCCUUGAACAUCCAUUGCCAAUCGGACCACAAGGAUUUCGGCCCACGAACCCUCCCGCCCUUUGAUGUUUUGGAGUGGAACGUAAGCAUAGUCAUCGGGAAAACUGAAGUCUACAGCUGCGACAUGAGUUCUGGAAACCUGCACGGCCGCUUUGAUUUGUUCGAUAGUAGAACGGAUUGGAAUACAGAAAGGUGCGGCAUUAAGAAUUUCGAUUGCUCUUGGAAGGUGGCAGAGGACGGCGUAUUUUUGUUCUCCGCCAAAAAGGGUGACUAUGUGGUGCAGUAUCCCUGGUCCAAGUGA